GCCUGGGGGUUGGUGGUCGUGUCAUUCGUAGGCGUGGCACGGGCUGGGGGACGCGCAGGCGCUGAAUUUGAAUUAUUAACCGCUGCGUAGAGGCUUAGAACGGCUGGAACCAUGAGGAGAAGUUCAACCGCCAACCGGCAGUCCCUGCAACCCCUGCGGGUCCAAGACAGCAACCGACCGGGACUGACCACCCCGCAGACCAAAGAGAGGCCUGGGCUGGGUAAGCUGAGUAUGGCCAAGCAGAGCUCUGGGACCUCGGAGAGGAAGACCAGCUUCUUUGGAAAGAGGGCCAGCGGAAACAGGAACAGCCAGUAUGGGGCUUUCGGAGGCUCCGAGAAGAUAAAGGACCCCAGACCCCUCCAUGACAAAUCCUUCAUCCAGCAGUGCAUCCGGCAGCUGUGCGAGUUUCUGAAUGAGAACGGCUACUCCCAGACCCUCACCGUGAAAUCACUACAGGGUCCUUCAACCAAGGAUUUUCUGAAGAUCUUCGCCUUCAUCUAUAGCUUCAUCUGCACCAACUAUGAACUCCCGGGCACCAAGUUUGAGGAGGAGAUCCCCCGUGUAUUCAAAGACCUGGGGUACCCCUUUGCGCUUUCAAAAAGCUCCAUGUACACAGUCGGAGCCCCACACACUUGGCCGCAGAUUGUGGCGGCUCUAGUCUGGCUAAUAGACUGCGUUAAGCUGAUGUGGGCAAUACAGCAGGAGAAUAAUGUAUUCGAGGAGCCUCAGUUUGGUGCACCAAGUGAGAAUGGGAUUGACUUCAACCAGGUGUUCCUGGACUACACUGUGAAGUGCUAUGAUCAGUUUAUGGAGGGGAGUGACACACACGAGGAAGCGGACGCGGAGUUGUGCGCCAGACUCAAGUCGCUGUAUGCUGUAGACGAGGGUCACCUGGAGUCGCUGCAGGCGGAGACUCGGAGCUUGGUGGAAGAAAUCGAGAAGCUGGAGAGAGAAAAGGAGCGAGAGCCGGACCGAUUGGCCUCCAUGAGGAAACUGAAGGCCUCUCUGCAGACCGACAUCCAGAAAUAUCAGAAUUACCUGACCGAGAUAGAGUCUCAUUCUGCGUUGAUGGACCAGCGUGUCAGCAGUGUCACCGACGAACUGGAGGCCACAGAGCUGGAGUUUGAAGCGAUGAGGCAGGAAAACAUGAGACUGAAGAACAUCCUGGACAACCAGAAAUUCUCUGUAGCCGACAUUGAGAGGAUCAAAUACGAGGAGAAUGAGCUGAAGGAGACUUGCACCAAACUGAGCAAAGAGCUGGAUGAUGCCAAGCAGAUUCUAUGGGGCGAAGAGCUCAAAUACGCCAAACUCAAAGAAUCGGUGGACACAGAGAUGGCGGAGUUUUACAAGUUGGCUCGAAAAUUACGCAUUAUUCCUGCCAGCGCAGAAAACGCCAACGGUUACGACCUCCAGAUCGAUUGUAACCUAGACAGCGAAGAGAGUCUCCAGCACUGCCGAAACCAGAUGAAUCUCCCCUUGCUGGAGAUGCUGACGCAGUCGGAAGAUCUGGUAACGAAGGCUAUUACUAAGAAGAUGGAGAUUCAGGAAGUGAAGGAGCAGAUGAGAUCCAUGAAUUCUGAUAAGAGGAAUGAUGUGAAGAAACUCAAGGAUGAGGUCCAGAGGCUGGAUGAGCUCGUACUGCAGAAGACUAAGGACAUAGAAGAACAGGAGAGGGAAUGGGUAUCUGAGCUCCAGUCUUUAGAAAAACAUCGCCAGUUGCUGGAGUCCGGAGUGAGCAAAGGACUGGAUGAGGCUAUGAAGGACCUGGAGAGGUCAAAGCAGGAGUUGCAGCUUGUUGAGCACCAGACUGAAGAGGAGAACAGACAAGUGGGCAAUAAGCUGAUUCGGGUGGUGACCGCUGUGGCCUCUCAUGUUGGAGCAAUAGAGAAACACUUGGAGGAGAAGCGCCUAAAGACGGAGCGGGAGUACGAGGCGUUCAUGAAGCAGGACUUGCUGGCCGAUCUGCGAGAAAUCCUGGCCAAAUACAAGCAGAAGGCAGAGCUUUUGGACGAACCGCCCAGCCAAUGAAAUGCUUUUUAUUUUAUUUUAUUUGUUUUUAGUUUGCACCCCUGUGUGCCGUCCUGGACUGUUAGGACCCUUUCACACUGGGCAUGUGGGGUGCGGUGGCGGUCUAGCGUCGCGAUUUUUAGCCCCGCUAUACCGUCGUAUUUACUGCAAUAUUCGGCCGCUAGCGGUGCGGUU